GGUUCUCAUUCUUUCGGUUUCCCAAUUCCAAGAACAGCGGCGAGCUAUUAAAAUCACUGACUAGCUUAGCGGUAGAUUAAAAGUUUAGGUAUUUCUUCAUCACACAGCAGUGCUGUUGUUUUGAAGUUUCAGAAUGGCUGGCAGACGAGUCCAACUGUCCGAGUCGGUGAAAUGGAGGAAUGAAGGUAACGCUGUUUACAAGUCGACGGAGGGACUGUCACCGGUUCUUCAGAGUGAGCGUCUGCAACGGGCUGUCAACCUGUACAGCAGAGCACUCGAUCUCGCCCAGGAUGCCGUCGACAGAUCUUCAGCGUGCAAGAACAUCGCCAUGGCGUCCUGGAGGCUUGCAAAAGCCAAGAUGGAGCUUCUGAAUGUGGACGAGAAAAUUGUGUUAUAUCACUUCAAGGAGGCCCUGAAAUAUUUUAAGGACGCAGAAAAGUCUGGAAGGGAUCGUGAAAGCCAAUGGCUAGCGGCGCUGACAGUUAGCGCCCUUGAAUGCUGGAGCGACGUAAAGCGACGACUCGAUGACCACGAGAACGAUGAGUACAAAGUCUGGGAGUUACAGCCCCUGCUAGGACUCCUUUUCCACGGAGCCACUCUGGCGAAAGAACAGCUGGGCAUCGCACAAAUUUAUUUUACAUGGGCCCUGACAGCACUGAUCAAACGCGACUUUAGAAAAGCUUUGGGUCUUCUGGGAGAGUGCAGUUUGCCACUCAACGAGGCCAUGAGACUGGGGAGGGCAGACCGAGACCUCACGAGAGAGUGUCAGGUGCUGGAGGCAGAGAUCUUUGACCAGAAGUGCGUGGCCGAGUCCAUCCAGGCCCGAGUGAACGGGGACGCAAUUCUGAAGAUGAUCACGACAGGGACAGAGAACCUGGACAUCAACAUGGUGUGGGAGGUGGUAGACUGGUACCGCAACGCGGCUCUGCUGACCCGGGAACGUGACCUCGAACUGGAGGCAAUGGCCUUGAGCGCCCUGGGUCUCGUAUAUGCCAAGGUAUUGCAUCUCAAGUCCUAUGCCAAGACAUGUUUGAUGAAGACCAUUGAAUUGGUCAACAGCAUGGCACCUCGGAAUUGUCUUAACGAGGAAUGGUAUCUGUUCGCUUACAUCACAAUGCAGCAAUACCAGCAGGAGCAAGUCCAGGCGGACGAGUUGAAGAAGCAGCAAGAGCGGGAUUCCAUCAUGAAGGAAAUCAAAGACGACCUUGACAAACUAACCGAAAAAUUCGCCAUGUCCUCCCAAUCCGAUUUCUUGAAAUACAUCUACGCGACACAUCCCCCUAAAAACCCCAACCACAAGUUGGAUGAAAACGCCGCCUUUGAAGACAAAGAGGUGUUGAAGAAGCUGUACCUGAAGGCCGUGGUCCAUUAUCAUCCUGACAAGGUGGACGAAGAAAAGGAUGGAGCAAAGUGGAAGGUUCUGUGCGAAGAGAUCACAAAACUGCUAAGUCAGCAAUACCAAAAGUACAAAGAUUUCUUUGUCAACCUUAACAAUUUCCGCACAGAGCCAUAGACUUGCGAUCUGGAGCUCUCCACAGCGAUGAAAUGUUCAGCUAAAUUAGUGUAGAUAAACUAUAGAGUAUAGAGUGUGCUAAUAAGUCAGCAACGAAGGCCUUUUCAAGAUUAUAACUUAUGGUCCUGUUGCGCAGUUGGUUUUUCAAUCGUUUAUUUCCAUUUAUGCACUCAAAUAUAAUGAACUAUAAAAUUUCUGACCUUGUGGAUCUGACCAUGGAUCUUUUGUCACCAAAAUGUCAGGCUACAAUUAGAAUCGCUGCAAACAAGAAUUCUGUAUAGUGUAGCAUGGUGAGCGAAGAAAUGUGUACACUUAAAAUAUUUGUUUAUGUGUUUUACCUAUGUUUUUACAAAAUAAAUUAAUUUAACAAAA